CAGGAGUCUGGAGCGGGUUUUGGUGUCUCCCCGUGCCAUCAUGCUAGCGCUUAUAUUAACUGCCUUUUUGUCCGGAAUAAUAACUUUCCUCAUUUAUCAGAAAAUCGCGUAUCCCUUCCUGUGGGCGGAUUUGAUGUACUACCUCAAGAUGCGGCUGUUUAAGAAGAAGCUGCAAGCUCGGAUGAAACAGGGGAUCCUCACAUACCUCGACUGCUUUCUUCACCAGUCAAGCAAAACCCCCAACAAGCCUUUCAUUAUCUUCCAAGACAGGAGCCUGACAUAUGGCGAUGUGGACAGGAGAAGUAGCCAGUUUGCCUACGUGUUUCGGGAUCAGAAGUCUCUGGGACAAGGCGACAUUGUUGCCCUGUUGAUGUGCAAUGAACCGGACUUCAUCAGUGUGUGGUUGGGGCUGUGUAAAGUGGGCUGCGAGGUCGCCUUCCUCAACAACAACAUCAAAGCAAAGUCUUUGCUUCACUGUCUGCAUUGCUGUGGAGCCAGGACGCUGGUGGUCGGUGCAGAGUUGGCUCCGUUGGUGGAGGAGGUGCAGUCAGAGCUGAAGGAAGAAGAUGUGACUGUGUUGCUGGUGGAUCACUCCUGUGUUGAGGGUUUCCACAGUCUUCUUGACAAGGUUGAAGUCGCACCAUCAGAAAACCUUGUUAGCCCUCCGAAAGUCGACAUCUUGUCAAAUUUUGUCUUCAUAUUUACAUCAGGCACCACAGGUCUCCCAAAAGCGGCACGGGUCGGACAUCUGAAAGCCAUUGCUAGCAUGGCCUUCCUGCACAUGUGUGGGGCAACCUCUGAUGACAUCGUCUACAUCAGCCUUCCUCUAUAUCAUAUGUCGGCAUCUUUGUUGGGGAUUGGAGGAUGCAUACUGCUUGGAGCCACUUGUGUUCUAAAAAAAAAGUUUUCUGCCAGCCAGUUUUGGAAAGACUGUGUGAAGCACAAUGUCACAGUGGUGCAGUACAUUGGAGAACUCUGUCGUUACCUGGUCAACCAGCCCAUGGUUCCAGAAGAGCGUAUGCACAGUGUUUGGCUUGCUGCAGGAAGUGGACUGAGGUCGGAUGUGUGGAAGGAAUUUGUGAGACGUUUUGGAUGCAAGAUCAGAGAAGGUUAUGGUUUAACUGAAGCAAGUGUUGGAUUCCUCAACUAUACUGAUGAGAUUGGCCCAAUCGGCAGGGCUGGCUACUUCAACAAGCUGUCCAUGACAUUUGAGCUCCUGAAAUAUGACCCUCAAACAUAUGAACCCAUCAGAUCUCAUUCUGGAAGAUGCAUACGGACACAUAAAGGUGAGGCAGGUAUCCUGGUGGCGCCUCUUUCUGCCAUGAACCAAUUCCUAGGAUACGCUGGGAACAGAGAGCAGUCGGAGAAGAAGCUAGUCAGAGAUGUGUUUAAAUCUGGCGAUGUCUACUUUAACACCGGAGAUCUCCUCCUUCACGACCACAGGGACUUUCUUUACUUCAGGGACAGAGUUGGGGACACUUUCAGAUGGAAAGGAGAAAAUGUUUCCACGAUGGAAGUCUCUGAGGUUUUAUUGCAACUUGAUUGCAUCCAAGAGGCCAAUGUUUACGGGGUCUCUGUCCCAGGAUAUGAGGGUCGUACCGGCAUGGGUGCAAUCGUCCUAAAACCAAAUCACGUAUUAAACGGUUCCGAUCUCCAUCGCCAUCUGGUAGAAUCACUCCCUAGAUACGCAUGGCCGCGUUUCCUGAGGAUACAGAGCCGUCUGGAUUUGACUGAGACCUUCAAGCAGCAAAAACAGCGCCUGGUCCAGGAGGGGUUCAACACAGAGAGCGUCACUGAUCCACUCUUCUCUUUAGAUCACGUACAGGGGGACUACAUUCCUCUCACAGCUUCUCUUUGUCAAGACAUUUUACUUGGCAAAGUUAAACUAUAAGUAUCCUUGGU